GGAUCAUGUGAUCCAUCACAUGACAGCAGGUCGGCAGACAGGCGGAAUGGGAAUCCUAGUCUGCUUCUUCGGGCUCCUUGCCCUCAUUGUCACUGGGAAAUGCAGUUACAGCCCGGAACCUGACCAGCGACGGACGCUGCCCCCAGGCUGGGUGUCCCUGGGCCGUUUGGACCCCGAGGAAGAGCUGGGUCUCACCUUUGCCCUGAGACAGCAGAACCUGGAGAAACUCUCAGAGGUGGUGCAGGCUGUAUCGGAUCCCCGCUCUCCUCUCUAUGGAAAAUACCUGACCCUUGAGGAUGUGGCUGAACUGGUCCGACCAUCACCGCUGACCCUCCACACCGUCCAAAAAUGGCUCUUGGCAGCUGGAGCCCGGAACUGCCACUCAGUGACCACACAGGACUUUCUGACUUGCUGGCUUAAUGUCCGACAGGCAGAGCUGCUGCUCCCUGGGGCUGAGUUUCAUCGCUAUGUAGGAGGACCUGCAGAGACCCGUGUUGUAAGGUCUCCAUAUCCCUACCGGCUCCCUCAGGCCUUGGCCUCCCAUGUGGACUUUGUGGGGGGGUUGCACCGCUUCCCUCCUACAUCAUCCCUGAGGAAACGCCCUGAGUCACAGGUGGCAGAGACUGUUGGCCUGCACCUGGGGGUGACUCCAUCUGUGAUCCGUGAGCGAUACAACCUGACAUCACGUGAUGUGGGCUCUGGUACCACCAACAACAGCCAGGCUUGUGCCCAGUUCCUGGAGCAGUACUUCCAUAACUCAGACCUGGCUGAGUUCAUGCGCCUCUUUGGUGGAGACUUUGCCCACCAGGCAUCAGUAACCCGAGUGAUCGGAGAGCAGGGCCGGGGCCGGGCUGGGCUGGAGGCCAGUCUAGAUGUGCAGUAUCUGAUGAGUGCUGGUGCCAACAUCUCCACCUGGGUCUAUAGCAGCCCUGGCCGGCAUGAGGCACAGGAGCCCUUCUUACAGUGGCUUCUCCUGCUCAGUAAUGAGUCAGCCCUGCCGCAAGUACACACUGUGAGUUACGGGGACGACGAGGACUCCCUCAGCAGAGCCUACAUCCAGCGGGUCAACACUGAAUUCAUGAAGGCCGCCACUCGGGGUCUCACCCUGCUCUUUGCUUCAGGUGACAGUGGGGCUGGAUGUUGGUCUGUCUCUGGAAGACACCAGUUCCGUCCCAGCUUCCCUGCUUCCAGCCCCUAUGUUACCACAGUGGGAGGCACAUCCUUUCAGAAUCCCUUCCGCGUAACAAAUGAGGUUGUUGACUAUAUCAGUGGUGGUGGUUUCAGCAAUGUGUUUCCACGGCCUUCAUACCAGGAGGAAGCUGUGGCCCAGUUUCUGAGCUCCAGCCCCCAUCUGCCACCAUCUAGUUACUUCAAUGCUAGUGGUCGUGCCUACCCCGAUGUGGCCGCACUCUCUGAUGGCUACUGGGUAGUCAGCAACAGCGUGCCCAUUCCAUGGGUGUCUGGCACCUCGGCAUCCACUCCAGUGUUUGGAGGACUCCUGUCCUUGAUAAAUGAGCAUAGAAUCCUCAGUGGCCACCCCCCUCUUGGCUUUCUCAAUCCAAGGCUCUACCAGAAGUAUGGAGCUGGACUCUUUGACGUCACCCGUGGCUGCCAUGAGUCCUGUCUGAAUGAAGAGGUGCAGGGCCAGGGGUUCUGCUCUGGCCCUGGAUGGGAUCCUGUGACAGGCUGGGGAACACCCAACUUUCCAGCUCUACUGAAGACACUACUUAAUCCAUGACCUUUUCUUGCUAGGAGAGCUGACCUGUCCUAUCUUGCAGCUAGUGACUUGGUCUCUUAUUUUGCCCUGUUGGGAACCCUGCUAAAUCCUUAACCAUUGACAGCUACAGGCAGCUUACUUCUCUAACCCUGUAAUGCUGUGAGCUGAACUUGACUCCUAAACCUACCCUGCUCCAUUAUACUCAGGUGUCUACACUCCUGCCUCAAGUUUCCCUGCAAAAUGCAAUAACCAGCACUUUUCAACGCUCCUACCCUCAUCUCUUCCUUGUCUUUUCACCCAGGCUUUUCCAAAGAGU